AUGUCUGCAGCUCCCGGUGUUUUACAGGAAGAGCCUUCGCGCCGUACUUCUACAGCGACGUCGGCUCAGUCCUCUCAGCCAAAAUGGUGGCGCGUGCAUUUAUUUCGAGGCAUGAUCAACGAUGUCAAGCGCCGAGCUCCGUAUUAUUGGAGUGAUUGGACAGAUGCCUGGGAUUAUCGCAUCGUUCCCGCGACGGUGUACAUGUAUUUUGCUAAUAUAUUACCUGCGUUGGCGUUCUCAUUGGAUAUGUUUGAAAAGACGAAUCAGAGCUACGGCGUCAAUGAGGUUCUGCUUGCUUCUGUUCUUGGAGCUGUCGUGUUUUCUCUAUUGGCAGCCCAGCCAUUGGUCAUUGUCGGUGUUACUGGACCUAUAACCGUGUUUAAUUAUACGGUCUACGAUAUCAUUAGUCCCCGAGGAACCCCUUACCUCGCAUUUAUGUGUUGGAUUGGAAUAUGGUCGUUGAUUAUGCAUUGGCUCUUGGCAAUUACAAAUGCAUGCAACGGCCUUAAAUAUGUCACUCGAUUCUCGUGUGAUAUCUUCGGUUUCUAUGUUGCCUGCAUCUAUCUCCAAAAGGGAAUCCAGGUUCUUACGCGGCAAUGGGGAAACGUUGGGGAGACUUCAGCAUAUCUCGCUAUCAUGGUAGCCCUCCUUGUCUUAAUGGCUGCUUGGGUUAUCGGAGAGCUAGGCAACAGCAACUUAUUUCAACGAUAUGUUCGGAAAUUUCUCGAAGACUAUGGCACACCCUUGGUCAUUAUCUUCUUUACUGGUUUUGUUCACAUUGGUCACAUGCGUGAUGUUGACGUCGCUACACUCCCUACCAGCAAGUCGUUCUUCCCCACGCUUGAUCGGCCGUGGCUGGUGCAUUUCUGGAAUAUCGAUGUCGGGGAUAUUUUCCUAGCCAUUCCCUUUGCAGUGCUCUUGACAAUUCUGUUUUACUUUGAUCAUAACGUCUCAUCUCUCAUUGCACAAGGAACCGAGUUCCCCCUUCGCAAGCCCGCUGGUUUCCACUGGGAUAUCUGGCUUCUCGGCCUUACAACCUUUGUUGCUGGCCUUCUCGGAAUCCCUUUCCCCAAUGGACUUAUUCCACAGGCGCCCUUCCACACUGCAGCUCUCUGCGUGACACGCCAGGUAGCCGAUGAUGAUGACACCAACAAGGGCAAAGCCAUCCGAGUCACAGACCAUGUAGUGGAACAACGGGUCAGCAACCUCGCUCAAGGUCUUCUCACUCUCGGGACAAUGUCCGGCCCGCUUCUGAUAGUCCUUCAUUUGAUCCCUCAAGGUGUCAUGGCUGGUCUUUUCUUCAUAAUGGGAGUUCAGGCUCUCCAGGGUAACGGCAUUACUCAGAAGCUAAUCUUCCUCGCCCAAGACAAAGAAUUGACUCCUGCAUCCAACCCCCUCAAGCGGAUUAAACGCAGAUCCGCUAUCUGGGCAUUUGUGAUCAUUGAAUUGCUUGGCUUUGGUGCCACGUUCGCAAUUACUCAGACCAUUGCUGCUAUCGGGUUCCCAGUCAUCAUUCUUCUUUUGGUACCUGUACGCUCUUUCUUGUUCCCACUUUGGUUUACCCGAGAGGAAUUGAAUGCUCUAGAUGCACCUACAGCUAGUCCGUUCACUAUGGAGAGUUGUGGUGGUGUACAUGGGCUGGACGAGCAAGAACCUGCAGAGGAGACAUCCAGUGGAGCACAAUCGAGUGAUGGAAAUGGCGUUCUACGAGGUCGGUCAUCUUCUUCGGAAUCUGCAGUCGAGGACAAUGAUCUGGAGCGUGGAGAAGCCUAUGAGCUUCGCUCGUCUAUGCGGAGAAGAAGUACAACCAGUCGAGCGGAUUAA